AUGAACGUGGAGCAGAUGCGGCUGGUACACCGGGCACUAACGCAGGCUAUUGCUAAGACGGCCUGUGGAGUGCAGCCGGGCAUGAGACCAAAGUUUUCAGGUUUCACCCACAAGCCAGGUUGGAUUCUGGUGACGUGCCUAAAUAAGGCAAGCCAGGACUGGAUUGUAAGUGAUAUCGGAAAACUGAAACCCUGGCUGGAGGCAGAGCUCUCGAUAAUACCCGAGAGCGAAUUGCCUAAGCCUCAACUGGGCAUUACCUUUCUGCCCCGCAGCGAAGCUGAUUCUCCAGAGGAGGUGGCUGUGCUGUUGAGGGCACAAAAUGAAGGGCUCCAUACCGAAAUCUGGAAAAUCCUCCACCGUAGAGAUGAGGAGAAUGGGUUCCUAGUAACCUUUUCUCUGGAUGACCCAUCGGCGGAGACUCUCCGAGCAUUAGACGGCAGAGUCGUCCUUGGCUUUAAAAUGAUAACUUUUAAGGUCAGGGGAGGCUUUGACGCGGCAAUGGAGCCUGUACCACCCCAACUCCAAUCCCCCCAGACAUCCACCUCGAGAGGUGAGACUAGAACAAAAUCAAUCAGCAAGAGUGGCUGUGGCGCUGAUCUCGCCUCGUUUCGAGGGCCUCCGCUACUGUUGGCCAGUGGUAACGGGAAGGUAGGUGGGAGCGGUAAACCAAAAGUUUCGGCGGGGGUCAUAAGUGCCGGUAAAGGACGUCUUCGUCCUAAGCAGGCGAAACCGCCCCCAGUCCCCCCCCCCAACCAACCCCCCGCCUAUAAAUUGCUAAUCUCAAGGGUAAGACGAGGGUCGUCCAGGCAAAUCUUCACCAUGCAGCAGCUGCUUCUGUCGUGGUUUCAACAUCGACAUCACCCUCAUACAAAAGCCUUGGGUGGCCAACGGUCAAGUUCUGGGAUUGUCGGCUGCCGGAAAGAUCUUAGUCAAUACUAA